AUGUCUGAGGGACAGAAAAAAUCAAAGAUCUCUGCAUCUCGCAGACUGGCUCCCAAGACCAAGCUGCUGAAAAUGGCAGCUGGGAUGUUGGAGAAGGAGAAGGAGGAAAAGAAGCAGGCGAGGGAAGCCACUCUGGCUGAGAGAGUCCCUUCACUCCAGCUGUCUGGUUUGUCCGUCCAGGACCUUCUGACUCUGUGCAAAGAUCUGCACCGAAAGAUUGACGUGGUGGAUGAAAAGCGUUAUGACGUUGAUGCCAAAGUGGUGAAAAAUACUAAGGAGGUUGAACAUCUUUCCAUGAACAUUAUUGAGCUGAAGGGUAACAUGAAGCGACCUGCUCUCAAGAGGGUGAAGAUCUCAGCUGACGCCAUGCUGGGAGCUCUGCUGGGCGCUAAGGUCAAAGAGUCCAUGGACUUUAAGGCCAACCUGAAGACCGUGAAGAAAGAGGAGGAGAAGAAAGAAGAGGUGACUGACUGGCGUAAAAACGUGGACGCCAUGUCUGGUAUGGACGGCAGGAAGAAGAUGUUUAACGCCGGCCAGUAGAUUCUGGAUCAAUAUUGGAUCAUUCAAUGGAUUGAUGGAUCAUUACAGCCCUUUUUGUUUUAAUAAUUGCUUAACUUUGCUGACUGUCUUACCUUUAUUAUAUUGAUUGAGGAAUUAAAAGUUGAACAACUACCCUUAAAACCAGGAUAGACUUGCUCGUUUUAAUAUUAUAGUUAUAAAGGAGAGCAACUGUUUAUCUAAAGCAUAUUUUAAGUUGAGGAUUUAGGGAAUAGUAAAACUGAUUUCUUAGUCACUUACAGCUUUGUAUUAGAGUUGUGCCUGGAGAAUAGAGUAUAGAGGAGAGUAUAUAGAAUACAAAGCCUUUAUUGUCAUUGUACAAAAAACGAGAUUUGUAGUACAACGCUGUCCCAAGUGCAGACAAACAAUAAAAACACGCCAGUAGGACAGACUGACGUAAACAAUCGAACAGGGGGAAUAAAUAGUUAAGAGCAAUGGCGUGAAAAGCUAUAAAGGGAAUAAAAAAAACGCAUAUAAGUAAAGUAAUUGAAAGAGCAUAUCACUUAAGUGGCUUGGUGGCCUGAGGUAGAAACUGGAGCACUGUAGUUCUCAUCUACGGCCAUGUGAUGGCAGCAGAACUCUUUAAACCAUCUCUCAGAAACUUGUAGAGCUACAGGAUAAUAUAUUGACUGUGGAGAGAGACAUUGUUUGUAAUAAACAACUGCUAGUUUAUUAUCUGCUGUGAUACAUGUAUAUCAAGCUUGUCAGACAUUCAAAAUGCAUUGCCUAUUAAAUGCUAAAGAUUAAACAGCAUGAUUGCAGUCUGUGUCAUGUUUUUUGAGUGGUCAUAUGUGAUCUUAAUGUUGGUUGAUGUACUUGAUACAAACAUGAAACCAGCAAUAAAUAAAAAUAUAUGAAUCCUG